CGGGGCUCAUAUCCUGUGUGAGGCUUCCAGGCUCACUGUGACAAAGAGUAUCUCUCUCUGCUUGUCUUCUACAAGCCAUGUGGCUGUACCUGGUGGCACUGGUGGGCCUCUGGAAGCUCCUGCGCUUGUUCAGGGAGAGGCAGGUGGUGAGCCAUCUCCAGGACAAGUAUGUCUUCAUCACGGGCUGUGACUCGGGCUUUGGGAACCUGCUGGCCAGACAGCUGGACAGGAGAGGCAUGAGGGUCCUGGCUGCGUGUCUGACGGAGGAGGGAGCCGAGCAGCUGAGGAGCAAGACAUCUGACAGGCUGGAGACAGUGAUCCUGGAUGUCACCAAGACAGAGAGCAUUGUGGCAGCCACUCAGUGGGUGCAGGAGCGUGUUGGGAGCAGAGGACUCUGGGGCCUGGUCAACAACGCUGGCAUCUGUAUCUUUGCUGUCAAUGAGUGGCUGAAGAAACAGGACUUUGCAAGUGUCCUGGAUGUGAACCUGUUGGGCUUGAUCGACGUGACUUUGAACAUGCUGCCCUUAGUGAGGAAGGCGAGGGGCCGUGUGGUCAACAUCUCCAGCUCCAUGGGCCGAGUGUCUCUUAUUGGUGGUGGUUACUCUAUCUCCAAGUAUGGUGUAGAGGCCUUCUCAGACUCACUCAGGAGGGAGCUCUCCUAUUUUGGGGUGAAGGUGGCUAUUAUAGAACCUGGCGGGUUCAAGACCAAUGUCUCCAACAUCGGGAGGCUCUCACAGGGCCUAGAGAAGCUGUGGUAUAAGGCCACCUCCGAGGCCAAGGAGAUCUAUGACAAGAAUUUUCUGAACUCCUAUGUGAAAGCAAUGAAGUCAUUGGGGGAGACAUGCUCAGAGGACCUGUCUGUGGCGACAGACUGCAUGGAGCAUGCCCUGACGUCCUGUCACCCUCGCACCCGAUACUCAGCUGGCUGGGAUGCCAAGCUCUUCUACCUCCCCUUGAGCUACCUGCCCACCUUCCUUGUGGAUGCCCUUGUCUACUGGAUGGCUCCAAAGCCUGAGAAAGCUCUGUGAAUCUGCGUGUGUGUGCAGACUUGUGGCGGGUGGAGGAAGAUAACGACACGGGGUAUGUUGUUCACGACACCUGUUAAAAUAAUUCUGUUUCCGGUACUACUCAGAACCUGUAAAGUUCAGAGGAAGGAGCCAAAGAAUUGCGGAGGGGUAGUGAUCCAAAGGGGCUGGCAAUAUAUCCUGUGAAUUAGGCAGCUCCUCCAGGCUACAUCACGGCCUAUUCUGAGGAUCCCCAGAACUGCAGAGGUUGUAAACACCUCUUUGCCUCUGGCCCCUUCCUCAUGACGUGCACAGAUGUGCACUGACCUGGCUACUCGUGCUAUCGUGGAAGAUCAAAAGAAACCACCUCAAAAUCACUUUUCUCCAUGGUGUCGGGUGGGAGGGCCACCACCUGCACUCCAUGCCCUACUGCCACAGCAGCGGGCUGUGGUUAGGAGGGGGUUUUGCUGGUGGGACAGAAUCUGGCUACCAUAGAAAAUGACGACACAACAACAACUUUUUAUUUGUCUCAAAACCAUGGCUUUCUUUGCGUUCCUUUCAUUUCAGAAUAAAAGUUGAAAAGAUUA